AUGGAACUGGAAAAGAAUAGAAAUGUUAAAAUCAAAAGGAGAUGUUUCAGUCAGACGUCCCAUCUUUGUUCUUAUUCUGAGGAAGCUGAGCACACGCUGAUCAGAGAUGUGGCAGCAGGAGCUAACCCCUCUGCUUUUGGCCAGGCACAUUCUCUCAAUGUGUCAGAAUUAAAGCUGUCAGAGGAAAGCUUACCUUAUUUAAGUUCAUAUUUAGCUGCAGAUAUUGAAAUGUAUAAUGAAAAGAGAAUGAGAAUUUGCUGCGCAGAGGUAGAUGAAAGCAAGAAAGAAGCUGAUACGUUGGGAAGGACACGCAACGAUACGCACUUUAAUUGCAGCGUGUGUGAUGAUUGCAGACAAAGCCAUUUAGGUGAAGAUUCACAGCUGGAGUAUCUCAGUGCUCAUGGGCAAGAUUUUGAUUAUAGGAAUAGCUCAAGUGAGUUUUCUGAGCAAAAGAAAACUAAGGGAAUCAAAACCUUAAAGCUGAUAAAUCCAGUUCAUGAAGUUCCAGGAGGUGGUGUCGCAAAGGAACAAAAUCUCCUGGACAUGUCAGCAGAUUGUUCUCUUGCUUCUGAGUGUGGCACAAGUGACCAGUCCUGCCCAGAAGCAGCUAUGCCAGAGUUUCUCCCCCUGCUUCAGGACUCCCUGUCUCUGACAUAUUGCAGUGCCAUGACUUGUGAUCAUCAGGAGGAGCAAACAGAGUAUCAUAGUGGUGUAUACUGGCAGCAUACUGGAAGUAUACUUGAAAGUAAUUCUUGGGGGAGUAAAGAAAGUGUCUAUCCAAAUCUGCUCAUAUGUGAUGUGUUAGAACAUGGAGAGAUGAAAGACAUCACGCUGACUGAUGGCACGCUGCCGCCCCAAACAGCUACGAGUGGAGAAGUGUCUGAAAAGAGCGACAGAGACAGUCACAGCAUCUCAGUGAAGCAAGACAAUCCUUUACUGUCACCACGGGAGAGGGCUCCUGCAGCAGCCAUGCAACGCUGCCAACGUGCAGAGGACUCUGAUUUCUACAGUUGUGAAGAAUCUGGUGUGUGCACACGUAUCUCUACAACUCCCACUAGUGAGAAUCCCUUUUUUGAGGUGGAAGCUGCAGAUAAAUCCUCCUGUGGAAAUAGCAGCUGCCUGAAUUUGGAGUUGGAGCAUCGUGAAAACUUGGAAAAAGUUACCAGUGACUCUACGGUUAAUCAGGCUGUUGAUGCGAGUUCUGAUUUUAGAGCCUGUUUUACAACAAGCAGAAGUACCAGCGCCCAGGUUUGUCUCUCAUCCAGGGCUAUUAAUACCGAGAUAACAAUGAUGAACAAAUCCCGACCCGUGGGAUGGUGCCGUGAAACCUGUGCAGACGCUGCUUGCAAUACAGACUGGUCGUGGGGAGCUGGUAGGACAGAGGAAAUGUGGUCACAGCUUACUAACACACUGCAAGAACACUCAGGUGGCAGUACAGCAACAGCUGAAAGGAGUUCUCAAAUUAAGGAAUCAACACAUGAGUUGUGUAGCAGCGAUUUAAAGAUAAGCACUGACAGGCCAUUGGACCUUGACAAACAAGCUGUGAAGAAUUCUGCAUCAAGCUACUGUCAGAAAUUACUGCAGAGAGCAAUUGAAGCAGAAUUGCAGAUCUUAAACGCUCAUUAUCAGAUGUGCUAUCAGCACUGCUUGAAGAUUUACAAGCUGGCUUUGGAGGAAAACAUGUGUUUUAGCAGCAGAUAUAAUGGAAAUAAUGAAUUGCGUUCAUCUCUCCUGUUGGCUUUGGAAGAGCUAAAAAAGCAUUACAUCCGUAUGAGAAUGAAAAUUAAAAUGGGUGUACCUCUAAGUGCACUUCCACCGCUGUCCGUUGAGAUGAAGUUGUUCCAAAUCUCUUCUUCUUAUGUCCCGUGCAAGUUGUUCAGAGAGGAUCUUUGCUAUGAUUCUGUUUCAAGUGCGAGAAAAGCUGACUUUGAAGCACCAAAACUGCAAGAAAGGAAAACUUCUGUCAACAUGGACAAUCCCCAGACUGUCUGUUUCACUGAUCACGGUCAGCCAAGUGACUCUAUUUCCUCCAAGAUAGUUGAAGAACAACAUGAAGAUCAGGAUUUGGAACAUGGCUGUGUAGAAAAUGAAGAAGGGAAUGAAUGUUGGUUUGAUGCUAAAGAGGAUUUGACAGUAGCAGAUUUUUCAGUAAUAUCUGAAGAAACAAAAAAGCAACAAGAAAAACAAGACGCAGUUGAGUUAAGAGAAGGGAAGAUAAUGGAGAAUGGAAACAAGUGUUCUUUUAUUCUCGUGGGUGGCCUUAGUUCCUCAGUGUCAGAGGAUGAUUUAAGAUCACAUUUCCAGAAGUAUCAGAUUUCUGACGUUCUUAUCUCUGUGGAUUCUGGUAACUACAGAUAUGCAUUUAUUUCCUUUAAAGACACUGAUAAAGCAAAGUUAGCUGUAGAGGAAAUGAACCACAAACAAAUAAAAGGAAAACCAGUAAGAGUUGAACUUGUAAAUACUUCACCAAAGAAUAAAUAUCUGGUUUCCCAAGUAUUUAAAAAGAAGUUUUGGCAUGAAAUCCAACCUGCUGAUAACAGUCAAAGAAAUGAUGGAGAUGAUAGAACACUCACUUCAGCCUCCAGUUCUGUGAAAGCACCUGACACCGCCUCUGCUUCAGAGAAAGCACAUCUCGUUCCCUUAACUUCUUCAAAAAUUCCUUGCUCUACACGAGUACCUUCAGAAACAAAGUGCCCUGAUCUGAAAUCAUCUGCGGGAGGUUCAAUACAUCAUUUGCUUGGAGUUAAUCAAAAGGAUACUGGAGAAAAUUUCCUGCAGAAAACAUCUGCUCCUUUCUCCACUGAUUUGUAUGAUGCCUUUAUUUCUCCUCAUACAUUGAACUUGAGCAGCUUUACCAAAUUAAUGAAGAAACUUCAAGAAAUUCAUCCAGAGGCUAGCAGAGACAAAAUUGUGGAUGCUCUGCUGCAGGUGAGGAAAACCAACAAAGGUGUCCUGAGUGGCUUGUCCAUCAGUUCUAUUGUGGAAAGGACCUCUGUCAUCCUAAGGACAUUGACACCCAGUUGUGGUCAGGAAAAGCAGUGUAAAUAA